ACUUAAUACAGUAAAAAUGUCAAAUUAAUAUUUGAAGCAUUGAGGACAAAUAAUUUUGCUUGCCAGUCGGGUAAACGACGCUGCAAAAACAGAGGAUUCGCCAUGUCGACAAUAAAACGCCGAGUUAAGGUUAAAAUUCGAUUAGCCAGUGAGUCAAUUCCUACCAAUGCUGACGUUUCAAGUGAUAAAACAACAACAACAAAAGAUUUCCAAUCAGUAUUAAAAGAAUUGUCAAACCCUGAACAUAGAUAUUCUUCUCUGACAAGAAAAAGAAUUGGAGAAUGUUUCGAUUCACGAAGAUAUGGAUGCAGCUACUACAGAUUUGUAGCAUAUAUAAACUGCAAUAGUUCUCUAAAUCGUUGCAAUAUGCAUCUUUUUGCUCUUUUUACCACAUGUUUUCUGAUAUGCUUCGCGCAAACGUCAUUAGUUGAGAAAUCGUCAACAGAUAUGAUCAAUGAGAUGUCUGUAAAAAGCACAGCUUUUUACAAUAAUAAUACUGCUGUUAGUCGUACCCAAAGCAAAUUGUUGCCAGGAAGCAACAACAAUAAUAAUAACAACGUCUCAAUAUCAUUAUCCUCGACAUCUUCGGUUGCGACAAACGGUUACCUCGAUAAUUUGGACAAUUUGGAGCGGAGCUUAGCCGCUGUUCUUAUAAAAGUUGCGUAUGGUACAACAUCGACAACAAAGCGCAGUAUACCCGACAACAGCUACAUUUUGGGGCUUACGACUGUCGCUACACCCCUUCUCACUACUUUAAGAUACCAAACUGCGCAUCAACAACAAAGUUCUGGAAAUCGACAUCGAAAUUAUGAACUUGAUUUGGAAAGAGAUCAUGCCUUGCCAACGUCAGCACCAAAUGCUGAUAUAUUGAAGAGCAACAAUAAUCCGACGUAUCCCAAUCCAAAUCGACAUCAUAGCAGCCCUCACGAGAAAGACAGAGACCGCCAUCGUCAUACAAUGCAAUAUAGUUCGACACCGAUGCCGUCAAUUCCAAAUUUGCUGAAGAAGUUUAACGGACAGCCUACUAUUUCAAUGCAUCCGGCCGAUAUACCAUCAUAUUCACCGCCAUCGCGAUCAUUUUUUACGCCUCCAUUGCCGCCGGAGUAUCAAAAUCCAUUCGCUGAUAAGCCAACAUUGCGCGGAACAAAUAAUGAAGGGAUUAUUGCUAAUACGGGUACUUAUAUAAAUAGGAGACCUAUACCACCGCCUAGUCUAAUGCCUGGGCAUGAAAGGAUUCCAUUUCGUCCACCUGAUCUGACAACUGGUUCAAUAGGAAACACUAACAGUGAGGCCAUCAGCUUGUUGCAACCAAAUGAUGUUAAUAGUAACAGCAACGGCAGUUAUCUAAGCUCUGUAGGCGGUUCUCCAAAAACUAUGAUAGAAAAUGGCGACAAUGUUAAUGCGGAUCGAAAGAAAGCUCUCAAUACUCCAUCACGAAACGAUGCCUCUAAUGGAGGAGCAGAGGCAACAGAGUUAAACAGUAACAGUGCAAAACGGAAUAACCACAAGUUACCUCCUGAUACAAAUAAGAGGCAAGAGGUACUGCCAAACAUUAGAAGAAUUUUAGGCUCAAAUGGCAAGAAUAGUGAUAUUCCCGCUGUACUGCUAAGGCAGGUAACCCAGCGUCCACUUGUAAGCUAUCAUCAGCCACCAGCUUCGCCAAUAGUGUUGAUUGAUGAUUCAUUGCCAAAAUUCGAAAAAGACAGCAGAAGCAGCAACGGCGACACCAAACAUGAUGAUUUUAGCUCUAAUAUAAACAAAAGCAAGCCGUCGCCAACCACUCAAUUAGAUGCCAAUUUAAAUGAGAGAAAUGAAAAUCAGGAUACAGUUACCACACCAGCAGCAGCAGCAGCGGCAAUCGGUGAAGCGUCAGCAACUUCCUUUACUUCAUCGGUUACAACGAAUACACGCCAAAGUGGCGUUAGUAGCACUCCUACGAACACAGGCAAAGCAGGAGGAGUAGGUGUGGGUAGGGAAGAAGCUGCGGCUACAGCGUCAGUUGUUCAUAGUACGUGGACGUGGGCGUGGAACAUACACAUCUAUCUAUCAGUGGUACUUUUUACCAUGCUGUCUGUGUACUCGCUUUACAAACUAUGCACGUACAAUAAGCUUACACAUUUGUUUGCCCAAUCAUAUUUUGUUUAUAUUCACCUUAUACUAAUCUCGAUUGGAGUAAUGCGUAUUAUUUAUUUAUGCUUUGAUGCAUACAAUAUACAUGGCACAUUUCCCAUAUUUAUUGCUGAACUAUUGUUUAACUUGCCAGCGACCUUGCUUACUGUCGCAUUCUCAGUGCUAAUUCUUUAUAUGUUUUUAAAAUCGCUAAAUCACAAAAACAAUCGCUAUUCUGCGCUAGUUCGCCCGCUGACCGUUGUUGUUGGUUGUGGUGUACACAUUGUGCUUUGUGUUACGCUGCAUUAUGUAGAGUCCUAUACGCUACAGAAUCAUCAUAUAUUCUUUCAACAACAGCAGCAACAGCAAUUUUUACGCCGACAACAGCAGCAACAGCAAUUGCUGUCCACGAUGCUGCCUGCGGCAAGUAUAGCGAACCCGCAACCACCACCGCGAGUUCUAUCACUGAUCUGUCAAAUUAUUUAUAUAUUUAUUUGUCUUAGCCUGGGCAUACUCUAUCUAUAUUUGUAUCGUAUUCUUAAACGCAUACUCAGAAGCAAAUCCCAGAACUAUAUACACGGCUAUCAAAACCUUUCAUAUGCCAUACACAUAACCAUUGCAACAGCUCUACUUUUUGUGUUAUUAGCUGUGCUACAAAUCUUUGGUGCUGUGUGUAUUUCUUCGACGCGACCACUGAUGAGUCAGGCCAACAUAGUGGAAGUUGAUUGGCUUCAGUGGGGCUAUCAGUUUUCUCUGCGAUUGAUUGAGAUUGCCAUUAUUACCUUGAUAUCGUGGGUGACUGGCUUGAAAACCAAUAUGGGAGGAAAUGGUCAGGGGAUCGUUAAUAGUGUUAAUAGGGGUGUCCGCAUGGUCGGAACUUCACCUUCAGGAGUAGGGUUAGGGAUGGUAGGAGGAGGUACCACUGCAACAAAUACAAUGCGAGAAAAGAAUGGUGCUGCGUCUACCACUGCUGGACAUCAACAAAAUUCACACACCAAUGUUGCAAACUUUUUUCUUCCGUGCACUUCAAGCAGCAGCCAAGAACAAUUCGAAAACGAUUAUCCAGCUAUUUGCAAUACGAACACCAAUCUCCACACUUACACUAUGCGUACGGGGAAACUUAUUUAUGAUGAUAGCUAUGCCCUUAACCCGUUAGCUGCAACUGCACCACCUCCUGCAACGCCGGGUGGACGACGUGAUGCCGAAUAUCAAUUGCAAGAGCCCAUGUAUCAGCGACCAUACGAUACUGGAUCUAUAAGAAAUGCAGUCAAUCAGAAUAUUUCCGAGUAUAGUGGUGUUAAAACCGCCGAUCGAUAUCGUCGUGCCCAUCAUCAGCAUCCCCAUUUGCAAAUGCAGAUGCAUCAGAUCCGUGGUCACGAUCCGGUAACCUACAUGAGUGCUGAUUAUAUGACCGAUGCUACAACAGAUCACUAUGAAAAUCCAAACUUCGAUUUGGCACACACGGCAACAGUAACAGGUGGCGCAAUGCAAAAAAUAACCAAAAACAUAAUAAGCUCUGCUUCUGGUUCAGCAUCAGCUUCAGUCUCUGGUUCAGGUUCGGGUUCAGGAUCCGGAUCUGGGUCUGGUUGCUCUUCUGGAACUUCUCAACAGCAAAUGCUGCUAUUGCAGAGCGACAGUUGUUAUUCCGAACCAUUGCAGGAGAACUCGAGCUAUGAAUUCAGUAAUUUUGAGCGUCCCGUUUUUAAAGAAAAGUUGCCUGGCAUUUGCCAAAGCAACGAGAACGAAUGCUGGCCGUCAGAUCAAGAGCGGGAGAGAGAUAUUCAUAAGCUUAAAAAAGGACGUGUCGAUCGAAAGCAUCAGAAUAAUGGCACUCUUGAACGCGCUAGCUAUGAGAACCCAGAACGUCGCAGCUCCAAUUCUACAAAUUCCUGUUCCUCUUCAAAUGGUGGUGGACGGUAUUCAAGCUUCAACUCCUAUGAUCGGGCAAGUGGACAGUAUAACGGCUUACGCAAGAGUGGAACGCUCAAUAAUAUUAUAAAAGGAACUACCUUAAAUAAUAAUACUAGUACAUCUGGCCGUGCAAUAAAUGCUGUGCCUGGGGCCAGCAAGCGAGUGAUAAAUGGUGCUCAGACUCUAUCAAUGGUUGACCGCUCACACUACUAUCAACCUCAAGGAAUAAAAAGUGGGCGUCAAAGACAACGGCAUUUGACCAACGAUUUUGAGACAUCGCUCCAACAACAAGGGCAUCAGCAUCAGUACAAUCAUAAUUCUGAGGAUGACGACGAUGAAGGAGAAGAAGAGGAUGAUAUGCUAACAGGCGGUAAUGUAGAGUGCACAAAUUUAAUAACCAACAUAAUCGAUAAUAAUAAACUGGGUCAACAUCACCAGCAUCAACUGCAUGUACAAAACAAUGAAGGCUCAGUAAAUGCUACCAUUGAGAGCGAUGCGAUUGGAUCCUCCGUUGAUGCUGUAUUAGAAGCUUCAACCUCAAGUGCCUCGGACAGUAUAAGUGUCGCUGAGCAAGCAUUCUUGCGAUUUCGCUUAAAUGAGCACGGUGUUCUAGGCAUGCAUCAGCAACAUAGUCGCAGUACGACAGCAACUAAUAUCAAUGGCAUAGAUUGCUAAAUAAACGUAAUAUGAAUGGCAAAGAUUGCUAAUUAAACAGUAAUAAACAAAAAUCCAGAACAAAAUCGAAGGCAACUGUGCAACAAAAUAAAUAUAAUACAUAAAUAUUGAAAAAAAAUGUAGUACAUGCUCUUGUAAUGUAGCUAAACUUAAAAUGAAUUUCUUAAUGAAAACUAAGAUUCAUUCAAGUUUUAACCGCAAGAGAAUCGAUUGCCGACGCUGGCGCCGCUGCUGCUGCUUUCUGCCAAUUCUUGUAAUAAAUUUGUCAUAUUCUAUUCUCUUUAAACUUGUGAUAUAUACAUGUAAAAACUCAUACACACACAAAA